AUGGAUAAUGAAUUAAAUGUAACAUUUAUAACUUUUGAUGGGCAUGUGGAAGUGCAGAAAUACAGAUAUCUUUAUUUUGUGAUCAUGUUUACAGCAUAUAUUCUUAUAAUUUGCAGUAAUUCUACCAUUGUGUGCAUCAUAGUGAUUAGCAAAUCCCUCCAUGAGCCUAUGUACAUUUUCAUUGCAACUUUGUUAAUCAACUCUGUUCUUUACAGCACUGCCAUCUAUCCAAAGCUUUUGAUUGACUUUUUAUCUGAACAACAGACCAUAUCUUAUUCAGCCUGUCUUUUUCAGUGGUUUAUAUAUUACACUCUAGGGGGUUCAGAAUUCUUCCUGUUGGCAGUCAUGGCUUAUGACAGAUAUGUGUCUAUAUGUAAACCUCUGCAAUAUCACAUUAUCAUGAGAAAAACAACUGUUAAUAUUCUCCUGAUUUUUGCUUGGGUUCUGCCCACUUGUCAGUUUUCAGUGGGACCGUUGCUGAUUGCUAAUAAAAAACUCUGUUACUUUAUCUUGAAAGGAAUAAUUUGCAAUAGCACAAUUAACAAACUUCACUGUGUAGUUCAACAUGAUGAAUAUAUAUGGAUUGAUUCUUUUGUAGGAUCUGUACCUCUCCCUGUACUCUUCAUACUCUUUACAUACACCAGGAUAUUUAUAGUAACCUAUCGAAGUAGUAGAGAAGUCAGGAGAAAAGCUGCACAGACCUGUUUACCCCACCUGUUGGUUCUGAUCAACUUUUCCUGCUUGAUGGCAUAUGAUGUACUUCUAGCUCGACUGGAAACUGAUUUCCCUAAAACUGUACGUUUAAUAAUGUCUUUACAGCUAGUAAUUUAUCAUCCUCUUUUUAAUCCAAUCAUGUAUGGACUCAAAAUGAAAGUCUAUAAACACCUCAAGAAAUUGUUCUUCAAAGUGCGCUCAUAUGACCUUCCCCCUCCUGAUCUUGAGCCGGAGUUCCUUCUGGACUCUGUGCAGCUCCUCUCUGUCCCCUGA